GGCGCAUCGAUCAACAUCGACUUUCAAUAUCAUCUCAUAUCAUUUUUUCGAAAAUAAUUUAUGGUGCUGUACAUUGUACACAUAAAUAUUAACUUUAUUAUGAGAGGAUAGCAUAACUUGAAUUAAGAGUGUAAAUACAAGUAGAAACAUACGAAAUGAUUGAGUCUUGUACAAAGAAGCGAAUGUUGUUAGGUAUAAUUUUAUUAGGAGGAUUAACAAUUCUAGUGUUGAUCGUUGAAAGUCACUGGACAAAUUCUCCAAACAAACUUUAUCUUGAUAACUUUGAGAAUAAUACUGUUUGUGUAUCGGGAAAUGAAUAUGAGAUAAUUACAGAAUGUCAUCCAUGCGAUGCUUUCGAAAUUGCAAGUGAAAGUAUUACAGUGUGUAUUCAUGCAAGAUAUAAAGAAGUUUUGAAGUGUAAAAGUGGAGAAACUAUAACAAGAAGUUGUGACAGAGUAGCAUGGUUAGAAGAGAGAGCAUUUUGGAAAUUUGAAGGUUUUAUGUUUGCCUUAGCAUUUAUUUCUUGUAUUAGUGUAUAUUGGAGAGAAAAUAUACUAAGGCAAAGAAUUAUUCGCAAAGUUGCCAGACAGUUAAGAGCUAGUGUAUAGUAAGUGAAAAAUAAAUUUGUUUAUAAAUUUUUUAUAAUUAUAUAAUAUAUUUUAGUGGUUUCAAAAACCUGAAAAAUGGAUGAAGCAUAUUUAGAGAUAUAUUCACUGACUGAUUUAUGCCUUGCUCCAAUAGAAACGAU